AUGGCUCAGAAAAGAGAGAAAGAGGAGACGGAGCUCAAGGUUCCUGAAACUCUAACCUUGUGUACGCCGUCGAUCCCCACAGCUACGUCGAAGAUAACCGGUUCCGAUGAGCAUAGAUCGUCACCGGACAGAUCGGAUCCGAAGACGGUUGUUGUCGUUGACUCUAGAUCGAGCUCGGCUAGCUCGCCGAAAAGGCCGGAUCUGCUUCAGAAGCCGCGUUUGGAGACGGUGGAGUCAUCGGAGGACGACGUCAACAGGCUUAAGAGGCGUGAAGUGAAUCGAUGCUCGGGUUGUCGGAGAAAAGUCGGAUUGAUGGGAUUUAGGUGCAGAUGCGGGGAGAUGUUCUGUUCCGAUCACCGGUAUUCCGAUCGACAUGACUGUAGCUACGAUUACAAGGCCGCCGGGCGGGAGGCGAUCGCUCGUGAAAAUCCAGUGGUUAGAGCAUCGAAAAUCCUCAAGGGGGUUAGAAAUAUGGCGCCAAGCUAG